AGCUGCCCGCAGAGCUCUGCGAUAAGGAAGAGGGAUGGCAACUGUUUCAUGCUCAUGGCUUACUCUUCCCUCCAAAAUGAGAACCCUUUCGCUUACUUCCACUUCUUCUCCAGCUAAUUCCGCUUCUCUUAGCUUUUCCAGAAGUCUUUCUUAUAACGUCUUCUCGGAAGGUUGCUUGUCACUGAGCACAUUACAAAGUAGGUCGAUUCGGCAUUCCGUGGUCUGUGACGCAGCUCCGAAGCGAAAGGCCGAUUCGGCUGCAAAGAGAGCUCGCCAGGCCGAGAAACGCCGGGUUUAUAACAAGGCCCGAAAAUCCGAAAUCAAAACCCGCAUGAAGAAGGUUUUGGAAGAAUUGGAUGUGCUUAGGAAGAAAUCUGGGGCACAACCAGAAGAAAUACUCCCUAUUGAGAAACUGAUUGGAGAGGCAUUUUCAAUAAUUGACAAAGCAGUGAAAGUAGGCACGCUUCAUAGAAACACUGGAGCAAGGCGUAAGUCGCGGCUUUCCAGAAGUAAGAAGGCUGUGGAAAUCCAUCAUGGCUGGUACACCCCAACUCCUGCAGCCAGUGCAUGAAACAAUCUUUUCAGUAAUUCGAAGAGAUUGGAAAGGGCUUCUAAGGGAGGCUUGUAUCUUUGUUCCUUUGGCCAAGGGUACUUUUCUGAUCAGUUCAAACAUUGUAUGUAGUCUUGUGCAUUUAGCCCAAAAUGGUUUGAUUUUCCCUGCGUACUAUGUGAGAUCAUGACAUUAUUUAAUAGCAUUUUCAUGUUUUCCCCUUUUGUAAUGUUUGAGUACAUGGUAACGACUAAUUCAUUUAUUAGAUUUGGACUAUGGUGAUUGCAACAUA